AUGACAAAUUUGUCAGCGAUUCAAACAGCUCCAGAAGUCGGAAGUUGGGCCGAGGCUGUAGAGCAAGAAAAUCAAACUCAAGUCGAGGAAAGCGAGGAUGGCACCCGCACAGAGACCGCUUUCACCGUGGAAGACGGAGUUCGCUACAAAGUCGUCACCCAAUUCAAAGUCAUCAAUAAACGAGUGCCAAAAGUGGUGGCGGAGCGCAAGAAGUGGGUGAAAUUCGGUGCUUGUGAGGGUGAAGCUCCGGGACCACAUGUUGCCACAACUUAUGUUGCUGAAGAGGUCGAAAUGCAAUUUACCAGAAAUCGCGCCGGCGAACAGAUUUUGGAUGUUCAAGAGGAUAAACAGACUGUAAGCUUUUGAAAAAUCUCAUUUUUGGAAUCAAAAUUUUACCCAAAAACCAAAAUUUCUCCAGGCCAAAACCACAUCCCGUGAACAUUGUCGUCAUUGCAAAGGAAACGACCAUUGGUCCACUCAUUGUCCAUACAAAGUUAUGUAUCAAUUGGACGAGGAAGCGGACGCGGAAAAAGACGCGGAUAAAGAUCGAAAUGCGUUGGGACUUCGAGCCGACGGCCGACAAAUCGAUCGGAAUCGAAGCGAUGAGAAUACUUGUCGGGUUACGAAUUUGCCGCAGGAUAUGGAUGAGACUGAAUUGAGAGAGGUUUUCGGAAGAAUUGGACGGAUUACUGUGAGUUUUUUGAUGGGGAAAAGGGGGAAAAUAUCGAUUUUUCAUGAAAAUUUGAUAGAAAUUGUGAUUUCUCCCAAAAAUAUGGAUAAAAUCCCAUUUUUGCAGAGAAUCUUCAUCGCUCGCGACAAAAUCAACAAUUUGCCAAAAGGAUUCGCCUUUGUCACCUACGAAUCCAGAGAUGUGAGUUGUUUUCAGACAAAAAUACAAUUUGGGCUGAAAAAAUUGUGAAAUUUCGAUCUAGAAAUUGAUUUUUCUGUCAAAAUUUGAAUUUUGAGCCCAGACUCAAUACUGACGCAUUUCUAGUAGGCUUUGAAAGAAUCUCUAUGAGAAAUGCACCAAAAUGAGUCUGAACUCAAUACUGACGCAUUUUUAGUAGGCUCCGAAAGAAGCGCUGUAAGAAAUGUUUCAAAAUGAGUCCGAACUCAAUACUGACGUGUUUCUAGUAGGCCACAAACUUCACGUCAGUUAAUCUCAAUGCUGACGCUGAAUUUGUAGCCUUCAAAAUCCUCACCAAAAAUUCAAAAUUGAAUUUCAGGACGCUGCUCGAGCCAUCGCCGAACUCAACGACAUUCGAAUGUAUCACAUGGUUCUCAAAGUCGAAUGGACUCGUCCGAGCAACGCCUAA